AUGUAAUCAUAUCUUGGUUCAUUAAUUACAAAGACUACUCCUAAGUUAGAUAUCAUAAUGGCAGUAGAUGACUUGAAAUAGUUCCAUCAAGAGAAUCUGGCCAUCAAUAAGUCUCAUUACACAAUGAUGAAUAGAGCUACAAAAAACAAGGUUCUUUACUACUUCUAAAACAAAGGAGCUAAAGUUCACUUUAACUAUAUGAAGAUUUAAGAUCCAGAUGUUUAGGACUAGAAGGAAAGUAAAGAGAAUAUGAUAGACAUGAGAUAUGGUGUGAUUCAGUAUGAUGACUUAAUUAGAGAUCUUGAGUUCUGGGAGACAAUGCUUGUUAGUACGAUGAUGCAAAGACCAAUAAAGACAGUUGUAUAAUGCGAUUAAGUUUGGUAACAUCAAUCUAAAAACUUGAGAAGUGCUCUUGCAGUGGCUGCCUUAAAUACUCUGGAUGGAGAUUCAGAGUCUAAACUUUAUGAAAAAAUUGUUAAUAUUCCUCAUUACCACAGCAAGUAUCUUACAAUUCUAGACAAAGAAGAAGAAGAAGAAGUAGUUCAAGAAAAUUAUGACAGAUUCUAAAGAAUGUAUCAUCCAAUCUGGCAAGACACCUUCAAAGAUGUCUUUGAGAUAAAAGACAAUAAAUUUUAUAUUUAGCAAGAUCAAGCAACAAGGAAAUUCCUUAUGAGUUAGCUAAACGAUAAUGUUUUCCAAAAUAUUGACAAAAUUUCUAUUAAAAUCUAUGAUGAUGAGACUAAAUUCCAUAAGAAUGAAUUUACUGAGAGGAAAAAGGAGAAAAUCGCAUAAUAACUAAUUGAAGAGUCAAAAGAAGACAACCAAGUUUAAAACAAGGAGAUAUAUCAAAGCAUCGAUAAGAUCCUCAUUGCCCAUAGAAAUACAAAAAUGUUCCUUUUUGUGAUGAGCUGGCAAUUUUUCCUAGCAUACUUCCUGGUUAAAAAGUUCUUCUAGGGUCUAUUCCUCUAUUAUAUGUACAAAAAAGCUUAGAAACAGAUCGCUAAUGAUAAGAAAGUAUUACAGCAACCUUAAGUUUUAUGA